AGGACUUGUUUUGUCGUGGUCUUGGCAGUAGGCAGCGAAACAACGCGCCUGGCCGCUGCCUCCGAGUUCACUACGCCUUUUCGGGAAGAGUUGAUCCUGAAAUCUCAGCACGUAGCACAAUUCGACAUAUCACGGCCCUUUCCUGAUUGGGAUUGUAGGCGUGUUGAGCAUCCUCUCGUAGACUGGCAGCGCCUCCGCACUCUUUUCAAACCUGGCUGUGCGGACUCAGUGACCAAAUAUACAUGGUCGUUGAAAUGCUCAACGCAGGUACGGAACUGGGCAGACGGCUUGGAGUUCCUCGAAGACUUCACGGAUUUUCCGAUUGAUAAGUUGAGGCUUCUCUCGAGGAUGAUCCAGCUCGUUGACGUUGUUUUUGUUUAAGUAUGAAGGCCUGACCGAAUUGUAGAUGUGAAACUACUAUGUAUAAUUAAUAGUAGUUUCAUCCCUUUGCCUUUCAUCUAAGUCAAGGCCCUCGACAUGACGCUUUCCGCGAAGCCGCGCAGCAGCAGUGUCCCCUGGGUUACCUAGUACUGCAGAUCUUGCGUCUCAUGCAGUGUGUCUUGAAAGAAGCUAUGGGGGACUGCUACUUGCCUUAUUCGGUUCACGUUCGGGAGGUGAUGCGUACCAUCGAUUUCAAAGUGUUUCUGGGUUCCGACUGGCCAGUUUUUGCUUUGUUGAAUACAUUGCCUUGGACGUGGCCUGGAUUCGACCGCGAUCGCAUGGACUUCGACUGCGAGCGCUGGGAUGUGUUUAAUUUGCCGUCAGCUAACGAACACGUUGGACGAGGAGAUGAACAGGAGACGAGGUUAUCAAGAACGCAUAUAAUUAGUGAAUCACGACAUCAACUACUUCCACCCGGCAGUGCCCGCGAACCAGAAAGUGAUCGAGGCUUGGUCAAUUGGAGUGCAUUUCGUGAUCUUUUCGUCUGGCCCGGUGACUGGCGCCAUCACUAUUUCGAGAGUUCGAUCCACAGUUAUCAUGAUCCUGGAGCUCGGGAGGCCCUAGAAAGUGAGGAUGCAGAACACGAGGCCUAUGAGCGCAGCAUAUUUGCUCGUAAACUCUCAGGUGGAGUGGAGCCUAGGCCAUUGGAAAUCGCGGCCCACCUAUGUUGCAAUCACGAAGAUGUUGUUGCUUCUGCGGGUGGCUCUACAACUGCGACUGCGACUGUUACUAGCAGUGGUGGAGGUGAGACUUCUAUGUUGGAUGCCGUUCAUUCCUCAGACGAGUCUCAACAAAUCAAGACUGAAACGUACAACUGCGUCGCCAUGAGUGAAGAGGCACUUGCUGCGUGGUUGAAAACAAGCAAAAGAGCGGAACGAAAUAUAAGGGUUGGCGUUGGAGUUGAUGACAAACGCAAAUCGGAGAAACCUGAUGAGGUGGAACAACUGGCAGGAGAGUCACAAGCAACGAACCCAGGUGGAACUGGAGCAGAUGAAGAUCACAAACUUCCAAACGACAAUCUGUCAUGCAAUGAGGUGCACCCACAGUACGUUUUUCCUCCGAACCACGUAUCGCCCACACCAGACGACGAAGAACACAUCUCUGAACAUAGCUAUGUGCGGGAAAUAGAUCCGAUAAGCGAGCACGCGAUAUUUUUCAGCAUGGGGCCAGAGGGCAUGUCAACAGAAGCCUACAAAAGCGCAGCCGAUGCUCACUACUACGCGCGAUAUCGGAGUUGGUGGCUUGACAGCAUCAAAUUCGUCUACUCAACAGAUAUCUCUGCCAACACUCCCAGAGCAAGCAAAGAAUGUCUCUACUAUGAUUGGUGUCUACUCAUUGAUCAAGAUCAUGUUGAAGUUGAAUUUGAAGAUGAACCUGGUUCAUGACGUAGUAAUACUAAAAAAGGUAUGUUGAACUACUUUUCGAAUCUUGUAAAAAAAAUGUUCGGAGUAGAUGAGUUUUGCGAGCAGCUGUAAAACUACUUCUCCCAGGUUAGUACGAUUGUAGUUUCAUUCCUUUUCUUCUGCUGGGUACAACAUCCAUCAUGAUAUUAGAAGUAGUACAACUUAAGACAAGUAUAAUUUGAAGAUGUUCAUCUACCGACUUGUUAUUUCAUAUCACUGGCCUGUAUACGGCGAACGUCAUCAAGGGUUUGUGGGCAGCAGACACCGAGAGUUCUGCGUUCCAAGCCUACGCAGAGCAUAUCCAAGGCAUGUUCUAUGAGAGCUUGCAGUUUUUAGCGGGAAGCCGUUGGCCGAUCUUCUCCCUUCUGGAGCAUGGAAAGUCUUUACGGCGUCACGGUUUCAAUUUGGACUACACUGAGGCCGAAUUGCAGUUACCUUGGCGCGACAGUGGGCCUUACUUGCAGUCGUUAUCGCCAGAAGCACACGCAGCGAAGGUACUCAGCGCUUUUGGGUUGACAAUAGAGGAUGCGAAGGAUCCGCGUGCGAGAGCGUACUGGCGAAGAAAGAGGAGAGAUGUUCAAAAGAAGUGUAGCGCAACAUUGCCCAUUUCACCUGAACAACCAGCAAGUGGUCCUCCAAAUCUUGUUACGCAUCAAGCGUCAUCAUCCGUCAUACAACGAGCCGCGUGUGGAGGAGAUGAAAAGAAGCUUCAGCAGCGGGAGCAUGUCUUGUUGCUUGAUUACAUACUCACCGAAGUAACUAUUGAAAAAAGAGAUCAUGAGACAACUCGCAGCCUGCUCGAGACAAGAAAACAAAAAGCCAGAAGCAAGUUCUUUGCGGGACAUCGAUUUUCGCUCAAACACGAACACUAUGGGUGGCGACCAGUUUUCGUAGAGCAAGUCAGGCAGAUCGUUGGCAUUGGCAUGCAGAACCGACGCUUCGCCUACAUGUCGUUCGUAUAUGUUACGGUUGGAGGCACAAUUGCUCAAGAACAACGUCCUCUUCAUUAAACAUUCAUACGACGUUCGUGAUGCUUUCCAAUUGAAAGUAUGUACUACUUCGAACGCAACUGAUCAUGUUGAGUGACGAUGUAAUGUAUGUUGUCCCCUCUCGUGGUCAGUCCCAACUAGUACCUUGACUUGUUCACGUCGUACCUUUCAUCCAUUGCAAGUACCGUAAGUAUCUGCGAGGUUGGGUGAAGCGGUUACACUUUUUGGGGAUGCAGGACGCGAUGCUUUUUCUGUGUCUCGAUCGCGACACCUUGCUUGAGUGUGAGAAGCAGAACGCGGAGUUAGGCUAUCCCGGAAGAUGUGCGGAGGGUGAGUCGAUUUCAAGCCUGAACAAGUUCACGAUCGUGCUUCUGGCCCUGCAGUUGGGCAUUGACGUCUUUUGGCUUGAUCUCGAUUUGUUUCUCGUACAAGACCCGUCCGAUUCGGUGCUAGCGCUGACGCGUGGAGGAGGUGACGGGGAUAUUGAUGACAAAUGGGAUUUCUCGAUAAAGUAUGCGGACUGGAAACAAAGGACCGACGUUGGACUUUACCCACUCCACGGGGACGCCUUGUCGGCGCUGACGGAAGAAGGACGUCGAUCUGGAUGGUAUCAGUCCGCUUGGAAAGAGCUGCGUCAGAAGAAUUCUGGUAUGGAAAUGUUGGUGCACCACAACCACAAGGACGCUGCAGCACCAUCGCGAGAUCCUCCAUACGAAAUGUUGAUUAGUUACGCAUUCGAAUCCGACUGUAUCUGCAACGGAUUUUUCUUCCUGAAGAGCACUCCUACAAUGACCCGGUGGCUGUGGGAGCUGCUCGUGUGGCUAUACCAGCACCCCUACGAGCACGACCAACGCGCAAUGUCCGCUUUUUUGAAUUACACAGAAAAAGUUUCCUUUCCAGCUCACAAUCCAAACCUCGGAGGUGAGCGUGAAAAUGGUAAUGGUUAUGCUGCUCCUGGUGACGAAAGUCAAAGUGGGGAACAAGGACAAGGAGCACAAGAAGGAAAGCCAAAAAAUCAUGUUUCCGAGGUGGAUCAUGUCUGGCACCCUCCACCUGUCCCCCGUUGGUUCGUGUUUGAGCCACACAAUCACUUUGUCAACUGGCCAGGAUGGACCGGUAGUCUAGACGAAAUCAAUUAAGGCUUGAUGCAAUUCAUUUGCAACGCUCAUGUACAUAUUUUUCUUCGGUUUUCCACUUAAGAAGAUUCUGAAGAAAUGAAGCCAAGAAAAGAUAAUUGUUUCGCGCUCUAAAUCAAACUGAUCCAUUUCUUAGAUGGCGCUGCUUACUCACUCUAUGGACGUGGCGACUGGGACGCCUCAAUUCCGGAAAAUCGCAGAUCAAUCGCGGAAGAAAUUUCUGCUGCUGCAUCUUCUGCCACUGCUUCGACUAAACAAGACAAGGGGACGGUGGUGCGAGAUGAUGAACUACCCCAAAAGCUACCUCAAGUACUAGUAGAAACACAAGACGCUUCUGCGUCGGUGCUCGACAUCUUCUACCAGGAGGAAGUGGAGCGAGAGGAAGGAAGUUCAUCUCUAACCAAGUUGCAGAAGACAAUGAUCAUGGAGCAGCGACGAGAAAGUGUGCCUUUGGAGCGACAAAAAUGCGGUAUAUUGCCCAAUGUAGACUCAGCCCACAAAGGGAUCGGGUGGGUCGAUGCGGAGGUUCGGAAAAGAUAUCCAAUUUUUUCAUCACCAUGAAGAUGAACAAAUAGAAGAACAAGAAUUUUUAGGAGUAGGUGUAGAAAGCACAACAGUUUUGUGUAUUUCGACACUGAUAAAAACACAUCCAAAAAUCUAGCGAUCUAAUUGCCCGUUCUUGACGUACUAGACCUAGUCCUAGAUUAUUUUCAACGAGAUCAAUCACAACGAUGGCAGUUGUAACCAAGCAGAUUCAACAAUCAAAAGAAAAGAAGACUUUUCCAUCACAUUCAGUCAAGAAGCGACGAAGCAUCACGACGCAUUAUUUUUAUGAUGCUGUCUGCAGAACGAAGCAACAAUUGAAGAACAGCAAUGACAAGUCAUCAUCUUCUGCAGUACAUAUACGACGCACCAGCUUCUGCGUGUGAUAGAAGACACACAAGAACAUAC